AUGCACGUACUACCCACCAAGCCUGAUCCCUCCAUGCUGAAACCUGUCACGGUGGACGACGAUGUCGAUAAUCUUGUUGCCCUCAUUCGCGGAUGGGGGAUCUCUGACCACGCCAGGCAGCAACUUGUGUUUCGUCUGGCGAGAGCGAGCUGGUGGGAUGAGGGAAGAGAGGCAAUCACGCCGACAGAUAUUUCAGAUUCGGAGGAUGGGUUCUCUGAAGCCGCUCACCCCACGGAUGGCGGGAUCCGCCUCCAUCCCAUUACCCUCCCAGCCGUCUCCCAGCAGGGGCAGGGCAGCGCGGAGGCUACUAUCCCUGGGGAGUCUCGGAAUGCGACGGCCUCACCUGGGUCUGCAAGCGGCACCAUCACCCCCUCUCCAGCUCUCACAUCAGGCGAAUCGAAUUCUAGUCCUCACGCCGUAGCCAACAAUUUGCCAGCCUCGGUCGUCUCCUUGUCCUCCACGGUAUCCGGCCACCAUCAGAUCACAUACCAAGAUGUUACGUUCUGGGUGCCCGAUGACGGCGUUGAUGGACCAUUCUAUCUGGUGACACGCGGUAGGCGUGUUGGUAUCUUCUCUUCCUGGUCCCGCACAUCGCCAUAUGUCACUAGUGUCUCCAGAGCGACCUUUCAUCGCGUUAAGGAACUUGAACAAGGCAUGCAGAGUGUCUUUGACGCUGUGGAGGACGGUCAAUUGGUAGUGGUCUGA